GGGUUAUUAGCUGUGCGCUUCGCCCCAGUUCAAGCUUAGAGAAGCCGAGUCCAGCUGGCGCCAGUGCUGACAUAGGAUGCUGCGGGGAUGUUACAGGCCACAAGCACUGAGUCUGCCCCCUGAAUAAGACACUCCAGUCCCAGCUUUCCUCCUCCCUCUCCCCUCAGUCGGCUCAUUCCACUUCGGGACUCUGCGCACUGCCCGGCAGCGGCGAUCUCCAGCUGUGCGUCUGAUCCACAGUCCCAGGACUAACGGGGACAACUCACUUUCACUUUUAACAGCCGAAGCCUUGCUAAUAGGAAGGACACAUAUAUCUGGCCGAUCUCUGGAGAGAACUUUGCUCCUGCGAUGGAAGUGGCCACUGACCAGCCCCGUUGGAUGGCGCACCACGCUGUGCUCAAUGGGCAGCACCCAGACAGCCACCACCCCGGCCUGGCCCAUAACUACAUGGAGCCCACUCAGCUCUUGCCUCCUGAUGAAGUCGAUGUCUUCUUUAAUCACCUGGACUCUCAAGGCAACCCCUACUAUGCCAACUCGGCCCAUGCCAGGGCAAGGGUGUCUUACAGCCAGGCUCACGCUCGCUUGACUGGCAGUCAGAUGUGUCGGCCUCACCUGUUACAUAGCCCCGGGCUGCCCUGGCUGGAGAGUGGGAAGACUGCGCUGUCCGCUGCCCAUCACCACAACCCCUGGACUGUCAGCCCCUUUGGCAAGGCCCCACUUCACCCUGCGGCAGCCGGUGGCUCGUUGUACCCGGGCACCGGCUCCUCUGCCUGCCCCUCUUCCUCCCACUCGAGCCCGCACCUGUUUGGUUUCCCUCCGACCCCUCCCAAGGACGUGUCCCCCGACCCAGGCACCGCGGCCUCCCCGCCCUCCUCUUCCAGGCUUGAGGAUAAGGACAGCAUUAAGUACCAGAUGUCGCUCUCUGAAGGAAUGAAGAUGGAAGGAGGCAGUCCCCUGAGGAGCAGCCUGGCACCAAUGGGUACCCAGUGCUCUACCCACCAUCCCAUCCCUACCUACCCCUCCUAUGUGCCAGCAGCACACGACUACAGCAGCGGCCUCUUUCAUCCUGGCAGCCUCCUGGGAGGCCCGGCCUCCAGCUUCACCCCUAAACAGAGGAGCAAGAGCAGAUCCUGCUCAGAAAGAAAUCCGGUUUCUUCGUCUUUCCAUUUAGAAGGGAGAGAGUGUGUCAACUGUGGAGCUACAGCCACCCCUCUGUGGAGAAGAGAUGGGACCGGCCAUUAUCUGUGUAACGCCUGUGGUCUCUAUCACAAAAUGAAUGGUCAAAACCGGCCACUCAUUAAACCCAAGCGGAGACUGUCGGCGGCCAGGAGAGCGGGCACCUGCUGUGCAAACUGUCAGACCUCAACUACCACUUUAUGGAGACGUAAUGCUAAUGGGGACCCUGUGUGCAACGCCUGCGGACUCUACUACAAAUUGCACAAUGUGAAUCGGCCCCUGACCAUGAAAAAGGAAGGAAUUCAGACCAGAAAUAGGAAAAUGUCCAACAAGUCCAAGAAAAACAAGAAAGGAUCUGAGUGUUUUGAGGAACUUUCCAGGUGCAUGCAGGAGAAGUCGUCUCCCUUCAGCGCAGCAGCCCUGGCUAGCCACAUGGCUCCUAUGGGUCACUUGGCACCUUUCAGCCAUUCAGGGCACAUCUUGCAGACCCCGACUCCCAUCCACCCUUCUUCUAGCCUCUCCUUUGGGCACCCACACCACUCCAGCAUGGUGACGGCUAUGGGAUAAAUAAUAACUCUGACGUGGGCAAGUGGGCCUUGCUGAGAAGACAGUGUAACAUAAUAAUUUGCACCUCGGCAAUUGCAGAGGGUCGAUCUCCACUUUGGACACAACAGGGCUACUCGGUAGGACCAGAUAAGCACUUUGCUCCCUGGACUGCAAAAGAAAGGAUUUAUCUGUUUGCUUCUUGCUGACAAAUCCCUGUGAAAGGUAAAAGUCGGACACAGCAAUCGAUUAUUUCUCGCCUGUGUGAAAUUACUGUGAAUAUUGUAAAUAUAUAUAUAUAUAUCUGUAUAGAACAGCCUCGGAGGCGGCAUGGACCCAGCGUAGAUCAUGCUGGAUUUGUACUGCAGACUUGUUACAAAAGAAAACUUUAUAUUAAAAUAAUUAUAUCUAAGGCUUCAUUUUAAAAAAACAAAAAGCAAAAAAAAUAUUUAUUUUGGUCCUGAUUUUUUUUUCAAUCUGCCUCCACCCCCCCCAAGCCGGGCUCACUCGCUCUUCUCUGGAGCACCUUUAUUCCCCCUAUGUAAUAUGGACAAGACCACCAUAAGGCCUCUGACCUAUCUUUAACCUUCUGUCCGCUGGAGGGCUGCUGGCGAGGAGCAGUUUCGGAAUAGCAUGAAAGCAAACAAAUAUUAAAAGAAUACAAGUUUUAUGCGGUUCCUUCUAAGUGAUUGCACCUGGGUUAAGGUUUGUCAUUUGGUUGGCAACGUUCCCUAUAACAUUCUUUGUUUGAGCAUAAUAGGCCUUCUUUAAAGUGCUGUUCCCUGAAAUAGUCACAUUAAAAAUAAUUGAAACAAGAUAAAGAAGCUUGGCUUACAUUUUUUGGUUAAUAUUUACAUUCUUUGGCUCCUGGGCUGGUUUAAAGCAGCGUAGAGAGAGGGUCAGUUUUAUUGUCAUCUGUGGGUCUCAGUCUGUUCCUUGCAGGACUCCAGCUGUGCUCAGGUUCCCUCUGGAUUCUGGGAGUUGUAGUACAGCCCUAUUCUUCUAUAUACAUGGCCCAAGUCAAGCUGUAGUCCUUUGUUUUAUUAACCCAGAAGAGGAAGCCUGACAUUCACUGGGCAGUCAGUAUUAACAGGCAGACUCAUUAACAGCCCCCCUUCCCCCAUAAAUAUCAUACUGAAUAAUUCUUAUUCAAGUCCAUUCAUCUGUGAUUUAUUAAAAAAAAAAAAAUAGAAAGUCAAUUACCUAACAGGCAGAAAUUUAAUGUUCUUUCCAGCGUGGUGUGUAAUAUAUUGAUUGCUUGGUCUUGGAACAUCAUUUUAUGAGCAAUAUCCAUUAUAACACAAUGAUGUAUAUAUUUAUUCAGGAUACAAAAUGAUCAUUUUGGUGUAGCUGCGCCAUUGCAGUUGAACCCAUCCUCUUUGUAUCUAAAAGCAAAAUGUAUUGCUGGGGCAAAAACACAUCUGUAAUGUACCUUUCUGUUCUGACAUAUAUAAAGCAGUCAUUUGAUAAUGCAUUUAAUAUUAAAGGGCCAAGUCGUUCUAUUUAGACAGUACGAUAGAGGAAGGUAAUCCAUGUGCUGCGCACCUUGCCAGGUAGAAAUGGGUUAACUGUAAAGAGGGGCUUAGGGUUCCGGGAUGUGGGAAGGUUGAAUUUAAAUCAGACAAGUGGUCCUGCUAAAUUUCUUUAGCAUCAUCUUUGUAACCAGAGGGGCUUGCAGGUCUCAUAUGGCUGGAAUGGGAGGUAGGCAGAAAUCAUCACUGCCACACUAUCCUUAUGUGUGUAAAUGGUACACAAUGGAGAAUAUUGCCUGCAGCUGUUACUAACUACAACUCCCUGCACCCUCAGACAGCAGGGAGUUGUAGGAGGAGACCGAAGCCCGACAUCUUUCCAGCCACAGGCCCCUCUGGCUUCAAAGAAGUAGCUAGUGCUUUAUGGUACAAGCUGUAAAUUAUUUUGUACCUUUUUAUAAAAGGGGAUUUUGGGAAAAAUGUUACUGAUACAAGAGAAAUUUUCAAACGUGCAAUAUAUUGGCAGCCCUGGCCCCUGCCGGGCAGUGAAGCUCUGCGGUCCGGACAUAAAUUAUUUUGUAUCGGUUUCAGCUAGAAAAAAAAAAUAAAUUCUACAGUAUUUUUUUUUAAUUUACUUGUUUAUUUUGAUUAGUGACCUUAAGUUAUUGUCGGCUCUGUACACCAUGUUUAUAUAUUGUCUGUAUAAAGUGUAUGCUAUACUCCUACUCCAUGAAGGUGAAUAUUGCUAAAAAUAAAAUAACUUUUUUUUGUUGAA